AUGUCUUUCCAUAUUCCCGAUACAUCCUCCCCCAAUGUCUUGUACGCCCGCUCCCUUCUGUCCUUCAGAAGUUGUGUGUCAUGUCCCUCUACAUCGCCGUCUUGCCCGGCCUGCGACGAUGGCUAUACAUGUACGAUGACUAGUCAGUCAUGUUCUGCGUGUGCCAGCACCCAAUGUGUCAAGUCCCCAACGUCUAGCGACAGCUCCAGUUCAAACAACUCGGGUGGAGGAGGCAGCGACGCCGGAGCGAUUGCGGGAGGAGUCAUUGGUGGUAUUGCAUUUAUUGCGAUAGUGACGUUCCUCGUGUGGUGGUUCUUCAUCCGGAAGAAGCGCCAGGAACAGGCAGCCAGUGUGGCAGAAAAGGCCAGCACAUUCAAUGACGCCCGACAGUCGAGAAAAUCGACCCAUUCGAUUGCAUCUACCGUCCUAACUCGCGCCUCCAAUGUCAUUCAAAUCGCGUAUAUUCCCGGUGUUACCAACCGUUCGCCUCCAGAAACCCCAGGCCACCUCGUGCCGCCUGUUCCUCCGUUGCCCGGUGCCCACCCGGAUCAGCACUUCUUCAUGCCCGGCGAUCUCCGCGACUCCACAUGGUCGGAAAUGUCGAACGAACGCCGCAGCAUCGCUCCCAGUUUGCGCAGCAGUGUGGCCACCACUAUCUACCGGAACAAUGCCAUCGUCAGCCCGAUGCCUGCACAACAGGUCAUGCGCACACGGGCGGCGGUGGUCAACAUCAACGGAGCCGCGGAUGCGCCCGCUGUCCCCGCCAUCACCCAGGCACAACUCGCCAAGGCAGGCGUCACCACGACUACCAGCAACAGUUCGAUUGUCGCACGCACUGUUACCGCCAAGCCGGUUAUGGUGAGAGGUGCCUCGAAGAAGAAGAACAACAACGCCUCUGCGUCUCCCGCCGUCCAGACCAUCGAGGAGCAACCAGAGACAAAUAGUGCGGCUGCUUCCAAGUCGCCUAGUGCCCAAGAAAAGGAAGAGACGCCUACCUCAGGCUUCGACGAAAACUCCUCGGAUGAAGAAGACUCGGCGCCGAAAACGACACCGGCACAGAACACCAACAAGACAGAGACAGCUAAGGAGGAGACACAAUCACGACCCGCUACCGUGAUUGAAGACUCGCCAGCCGUCAGCCAGAGCCCUUUCAAGGAUCAACCCACAGAGACCGAUCGCCGAGCGUCUGCCCGAGCGUCAUCUUUGCUCGAGAGACCCGAAGGCACCCAGUCUAACCGAAGCAGUCGACACCUCCCACCCCGCGUCGAGAGCCCAUUCUCUGACGCCAACGAGGUGAAAUGA